UCUAUUUUUUGGUCUACCCUCUCAAAACACACACACAAAAAACAAGAGAAAUUAAAACACAAGUUUGACAAGGGGUGACACUUACCAUAACAAAGUCGUAGAAAAGGUCCACAACCACAAGCGUCUCACCCUCCUUCCAUUUGUCACCUUAGUGACCACACUCUCAUGCUGUCAAAUUACUCUUAAAACAUUUCUCUCUCAUCCACAAAACAAUCCAACCCAUGACUCCAACUAUAAACUAGGACUACUUACCCUUAAUUUUCACCGUACAACCCCACAACAACUAUCACUACAAGAACAAAUUAACUCCACCCCUAUUCCUUUCAUUCAUUCUUAACCCACUUUCCCCCCUUCAAUCCUAUCUGUCUCUUUCUCUUCUUCUCCUCUUCUCUCUCUUCUUUCUUUUUUUUUCUUUUUUUUUUUUUAUUUUUUUUAUGGCUUUGAUUGUGGAUCAACAAUCAAACUUCAAACACUUCUGUAAAAUUUGCAAAAAAGGAUUUGGUUGUGGAAGAGCUCUGGGAGGACACAUGAGGGCUCAUGGAAUAGGAGAUGAAUCAGGUCACAUGGAUGAUGAUGACCCAGCAAGUGAUUGGGAAGAUAGGCUUGGUGGAAAUGUUCCACCAAGCAACAAGCGCAUGUAUGCUCUUAGAACAAACCCUAAUAGGUUAAAGAGUUGUAGGGUGUGUGAAAAUUGUGGCAAGGAGUUUUUGUCUUGGAAAUCCUUUCUUGAGCACGGUAAAUGCACCUCCGAGGACGCAGAGUCCCUCGUAUCCUCUCCAGGGUCCGAUGCUGCUGAUGAUGGCAUCGAACCUACCAGGAGAGGAUGCGGGUGGUCCAAAAGAAAGAGGUCGUUAAGAGCAAAAGUGGGUAGCUUCAAUUACAAUUGCCCCUCAAGCGAAGAGGAAGACCUAGCGAAUUGCUUAAUGAUGUUGUCCAAUGCGAUUGUGGACCCUCUGACGUCAGCCGCGGCCGAGCCAGAAGAGUCUUGCGCCUCGGCGAGCAGAGAGGAGGAGCAAAGAAGAAACCCUAUGAACUUUGUUGCACCAUUCUCUUCUUAUAAAGUUCCAAACAACGAUAACAACAAUAACAAUAACAACAAGGCCAAAGGUGUUGCUAAGGGUUUGUUUGAAUGCAAAGCGUGCAAGAAGGUUUUCAACUCGCACCAGGCGUUGGGUGGCCACAGAGCUAGCCACAAGAAGGUUAAGGGCUGCUUUGCGGCGAGGCUGGACAAUCUGGACGACAGCCUCGCCGACGAUGACGUCAUGACACACGAAGAAUUCUUCCCUACAAAAUCAAACUCAACAUUCCAAUUUGAUCAAAACCCUCACCAUAACUCAGCCACAUUGGCCUCAUCAUCAAAGAGGAAAUCAAAGGUUCAUGAAUGCUCCAUUUGCCAUAGAAGCUUCUCCUCAGGACAAGCAUUGGGAGGCCACAAAAGGUGCCAUUGGAUCACAUCAAAUGCACCGGACACUUCCACAUUGGCUAGGUUUCAACAAUUUCAGGAACAUUUGGAUCAAAUACCAAAGUUUGAUGGAUCUUCUGAGCCUCUUGAUCUCAAACUUGACCUCAACCUUCCUGCACCAACCAAUGAUCUUUCUAGAAGGAAUAACAAUGUUAAUGUUUCCACAGAAAUCUUCUUGCAGCCAUGGGUAGGAGGAGCAGGAGGAGGAACCGCCACAAAGGAAAACAAUACAAACAUGAAAGAUGAUAGCAACAAUAAUAACAACAAUAGCCAGAGUCAAAUUAGUCACCAGCACCCCACCAACCAUAACCAAAUUGAUCAUAAUGAAAAUGUUGGUGUUGAUGGGGACAAGAAUAAUAGUAACCCCAACAACAACAACAACAAUAACAAUGAUUUGAUGCAAAGUGUGGAUAAUGAAGCUGAUAGUAAGAUCAAGCUAGCAAAACUUAGUGAGCUAAAGGAUAUGAACAUUGGUGGCACUUCUUCACCAUGGUUGCAGGUUGGAAUUGGUUCAACAACUACUGAUGUUGGCACCGAUCAGUAAUACAUACUUUUUUUUUCUUUUUUGGUGGGGAUAAAUCAUAUAA